AUGGGUAAAAUCGAGAGAAAGAGUCCCAAGGGCUCCAAGAGCUCUGAGAAGCUUCAGGGCAACAAAAAGAGAACUCCUCGGCAGGGCAGCACCGAAGCCAUCGACCCGCGGAACUUUACCAGCUUCCGUGAGGACCAGAAGGAUUGGUCCUGGGACAAUCUCCCAGCCAUCCUCUAUCAGUUCAAGCCAACAAAGGAGGACGAGAAGAAAGAGCGAGAGCCGCCCAAGAUGAAAGUCGUGGGCGGCAAAUGGGUCAGAGACAUCGAGAUCCUUCCCGAUCACAUUUCCUCUGACGUCGAGGAGUUCAGAGUCGAGGCAUGGAUGCGACUCGACAGGCGCAUCCAUUUACAAGACAUCAUUGACCGGAUGCACAAGGAUUUUGCAAUUGAGCGCAACGCUCUUCAGCAGCGGAAUGUCAGAUUUCGCAAAGCUUUCCACCUCAUUGCCUGGAGCUCAGGAAACAAGAUCAGUUGUCAGCUUGAGCAAGAUGUCCUGAAAAGGAUGAGAGAGAAAGACAUCGACCCUGUGCUAAAUUCUACCCGUGGAUUGACUCCUGGGCUCAUCAAUCCUGAGCUCGGGGAAGCGGGUGGUCGCAUCGCCCUUCCGGACAACUAUGGGCCUGAGAGACGUGGGCAUCGUGGGCCACGCACUCCAAAGAAGAAAAGGGAUGCGGCAAAGAUUGAAGAGGACGUGGAUAUGGAUGCCCUUGACCCUGCCACUCCCAUCAGAGAAUACCUACCUCUGACUCCUCCCCCGUCCAGGCCAGCUCCCUCCGUCAAGCCUUGCUCUUCGUCAGGUCAGAGGGCAGCAUCUGAGGAGUCGGUGACUAGCAUUUUAAGUCCUCCUUCUCCUCUUCCAAGCUCCCCUGUUCCAUUUUCGCCUAUUCUUAGCUCCCCUGUCCUUUCUCCCGUUCCUUCGUCUGUCCCCAGUUCUCCGGGUCUUACUUUUACUGUUCCCGAGGUGGGCCAUCUCGACUCUCCUCUGGAAAAAACCCUCUAUGAUGGAGACCUGUGCCCUUGCAAUUUCGACUUUUUGUUCAAGGAAGAAUCGCGUCAAGGAGUCGACUGGCCGCGCCCUUGCGAAGAGGAGCUUUCUGGCCUGCGCAAGGACGUACCCAAAGGCUUGAAAACGCGCCACCGGCUUCAAAUGAAGCGCCAGCACAAGGCCUUCAAGAAGGCGCUACCUUUCUGCAAUACCGAUUCCCUGUACGCCAAACUUGCCAGCAAGUUCGACCUCGAUGACAUGAUCAACGUUGUCCCAAUUUCUCGUACGACUGCACCGCCAUCGCCGGAUCCAGUAUUUCCAUCCCUCAUCUGCGAGCCUAUGACGUUGCGGCUGAUUUGUCGCCCACGUCCUACCGACGAGGGCGCGUUGAAAUGGGUAUACGACGUCGCGCUCAACGAGUAUUACGCCGGGCAGCGAUUCCUUUUUGAAAUGCCUUAUGUGGAGGGCGUCAUGUGA